AUGAGCCGGGCAAGACACGUGGGCAAGAUCCAGAAACGCCUGGAAGGUGUCAAGAGCCAGUGGGUCCGGCCAGCCAGGGCUGACUUCAGCGACAAUGAGAGCGCCCGGCUGGCCACAGAUGCCCUCUUGGAUGGGGGUCCCGAGGCUUACUGGCAGGCGCUCAGCCAGGAAGGCGAGGUGGACUUCCUGUCCUCCGUGGAGGCCCAAUACAUCCAGACCCAGGCCAAGGAGCCCCCCUGUGCCCCGGAGCCCCCAGGGGCGGCCGAGGCAGGCUCCAAGGGGCUCGACUCCUGCUCCCUGCAAUCAGGUACCUACUUCCCCGUGGCCUCAGAGGGCAGCGAGCCAGCCCUGCUGCACACUUGGGCCUCCGCCGAGAAGCCCUACCUGAAGGAGAAGUCCAGCGCCACCGUGUACUUCCAGACAGACAAGCACAGCAACAUCAGGGACCUCAUCCGCCGCUGUAUUACCCGGACCAGCCAGGUCCUGGCCAUCCUGAUGGACGUGUUCACGGACGUGGAGAUCUUCUGUGACAUCCUAGAGGCGGCCAACAAGCGUGGGGUGUUCGUUUGUGUGCUCCUGGACCAGGGAGGCGUGAAGCUCUUCCAGGAGAUGUGUGACAAAGCCCAGAUCUCUGACACUCACCUCAAGAACAUCUCCAUCCGGAGCGUGGAAGGAGAGGUGUACUGUGCCAAGUCAGGCAGGAAGUUCUCCGGCCAAAUCCGGGAGAAGUUCAUCAUCUCGGACUGGAGAUACGUCCUGUGUGGAUCGUACAGCUUCACCUGGCUCUGUGGGCACGUGCACCGGAACAUCCUCUCCAAGUUCACGGGCCAGCCGGUGGAGCUGUUCGAUGAGGAGUUCCGCCACCUCUACGCCUCCUCCAAGCCUGUCAUGGGCCUCAGGUCGCCCAGGCUGGCCACACCCCUGCAGCCCGCAGCAGCCCCCGGGCCCCCGUCCGGCCGCCUCAGUGACAGCAGCGGCUCCGCCAGUGACGGCACAUCCUCCAACCCCUUCAACAGCCCAUCGGCGGGCAGCAACCCCCGGACCCAGAGCCUGUCCACGUCCUCGGGGCCCGGCAGCCCCCUGGCCCCAAACCCACUGCUUGCCUCCAGGUUCCAGCCCCACCACAGCCCUUGGGGGGCCCUGACCCCACAGGCCCACUUCUCCCCGAGGCCCCAUGACGGCCCGCCCGCCCUCUACAGCAACCUCAACGCCUACAGGCCCAUGCGGCUGCAGCUUGAGGUCCUGGGCCUGGUGCCCAGGGCGGCCCACACCUGGAGGCCCUUUCUACAGGCCUCCCCACAUUUCUGA